AGCGUUUGUUUACAUAUGGUUCUCAUAGAAUUCAACGUGGAGUUUAUGAAGCAAAAUUAGUUAUUGUUAAAUUAAUUAAGUUCUUUUUACUAGCAUAUGAGAUUAAAAUUUGUUAUUUACAUUUAGUUUAAUUAUUAGAAUAGGUAUUAAGGUUAGAAUAAUUUAGUUUUAGAUUCUUAUUUAGAGUUAGUUUUUAGGUACUUAUAGCAUAGUUAGCGAUAGUUCAUUAGUUUGUAAUUUAUAUAGCUUAGAUUUUAGUUAGUAUUGCUAGUUUAAUUAGUGCUUCAUAGGCUUCAUGGCUUCUUCGAUUGUUGAUAAACCAUUAUAUUUGGUGGAUUUUACGAGUUUCUCGAUCUUAGAAUAUGCUGAGCACUUCCCAGCUCUAACUGGUAAUACUAGUGUUGUUACAAAAAUAAAGAAAGGUUCUAUGAUGUUCAACGAAAAAUUUGUUAGCAAAAUUUCUUUUGUUGAAGACAUUGAGAACCAAUCCUUUGAAAUAUUUGCUACAGUGAAGGCCGAGAUGAAGAAGAAGGUUGUCUACAAUAGUAAAGUUAAAAUUUCAUCUGAUUGUAAAAUUUUAACUGCCUGCUGCUCCUGUAAGGCUGGAAAAGAACCUUCUGGUUGCAAACAUGUCUUUGCCCUUUUACAUGCAGUCGAGGACUAUUCUAAGACGGAGCUGUAUGCUGCCCCGACAGAGCGACUACAGAUCUGGCACCAGCCUAAGCCGAUUAAGCUGCAACCAAAGCGAGCAUCUGAAGUGUUUGGCAAGAAUGUGGUAUGUGAAUUGAAAAAUAAAGACUUUAAUUGGGGAGCCUUAAAGGAUUUUAACAUUGCUUUAUUUAAAUGUACAAAUGUUAGUGAGGUCUUGAUGUACAUUAGAACCAUCCCACUACCUGCUGUCGCUUUUGCUGGUGAUUCUAGCUCUGUGAUUGGCACUAAUAGCAUAAAAACUAUGGAAGAUCUAAUAUUGUUUCAUCAACAUUACAUUCAUACGAUAGAAUUCAUGACAGAUAUGGAAAAAAAAACAAUGAGACAAGACUCUGAUGAAUGGAUGCAAUUGAGAUUAAAAUAUAUUACUUCUACGAGUGUCCAUUCUAUUUUGGUUCGCAGAUCAGAUUUUGAAAGAUUGGCGGAGAACAUCUUUAAUAAAAAAAAGAAAAGACUUAUCUCAAAUUGCUGCAGUCUCUAA